AUGACUACUGGCAGGAUCAACCAGGUAGCACCUCGUGCUGCGGCCGGCGAGGGGGGCUCGCUCGGACCGAGCGGAUUCUGCCGGGCUCGGGUAGCUCGAGCCGGCGAUCCGUUUCACCAAAAGUUCCACACACACACACGUUUCGGGUCCCGGGAGCAGAAGCGCGUGGCCAAGGCGCGAGUCUACGGUGCUCGUACCAGCCUGCUGGGUCCGCCCCCGUCGCCCCUUCUCUCUCCUUCUCUCGCUCGAAUCGCCAGGGGGAGUGGAAAUCAGAUUCGCCGGGGCGUGUGUCGUCCGCCGCCGUCCCCCAUCAAUCGCCCGGAAUGGGUGGGCCGUGGAGGCCCGCCCGGCCGGUGUGGUGCCCGGGUUCGGGAAAGGGCUCAACCUACGCUUCGGCAACUGGGAUGCCAGGGGGGUCCCGCUAGCGCUGGGCGUAACGGGCCGGGGCAGUUUUCCCCGGUCCGGUCGGCCUCUCGCGCCCAUGCGGGCUUCACUGAAUGCCAUUGGGUCCGGGAUCCGCCCCGGGGUGCGAGACGGCACCGUCCACUCCCGCUUAGGGAACGAGACGGCACGGUCCACACCCCGCGCACUGCGACGGACCAGUCCGGUCGUGCCGACACGCCGCCGAGGCCCCGCGAUCUACCCGGUGGGUUGGGGGUUCCAUGCCCAGCUCCGGUUCCCUUUUCGGAGCAGCGUGCCUGGCCGACAGGCACUGCCGUCGGAAGCGUUUACCCGCCCGUGCAACCCGACAGAGCCGGGCCCGCUUCAUACUGCCACGGACGGGGCGAAUUGUCGGCGUGCCCGGUUGGCAGCACCGCCGUUAUUGAGCCACCGAGGCCCCGCGGGCCCCUCGAUCUACCCGGUGGGUUGUGGGGUUCCACGCACAGCUCCGGUUCCCUUUUCGGAGCAGCGUGCCUGGCUGGCAGGCACUGCCGUCGGAAGCGUUUACCCGCCCGUGCAACCCGGCAGAGCCGGGCCCGCUUCAUACUGCCACGGACGGGACGAUUUGUCGGCGUGCCCGGUUGGCAGCACCGCCGUUCACUAGCCACCGAGGCCCCGCUGGCCCCUCGAUCGGUACCCGGUGGGGAUGGGGGUCCGACCCAAGCUCCGGUUCCCUUGACGGAGCAGCGUGCCCGGCUGGCAGGCACUGCCGUCGGAAGCGUUUACCCGCCCGUGCAACCCGGCAGAGCCGGGCCCGCUUUCUACUGCCACGGGCGGGACGAUUUGCCGUCGGAAGCGUUUACCCGCCCGUGCAACCCGACAGAGCCGGGCCCGCUUCAUACUGCCACGGACGGGACGAUUUGUCGGCGUGCCCGGUUGGCAGCACCGCCGUUCACCAGCCACCGAGGCCCCGCUGGCCCCUCGAUCGGUACCCGGUGGGGAUGGGGGUCCGACCCAAGCUCCGGUUCCCUUGACGGAGCAGCGUGCCCGGCUGCCAGGCACUGCCGUCGGAAGCGUUUACCCGCCCGUGCAACCCGGCAGAGCCGGGCCCGCUUCCUACUGCCACGGGCGGGACGAUUUGUCGGCGUGCCCGGUUGGCAGCACCGCCGUUCACUAGCCACCGAGGCCCCGCGGGCCCCUCGAUCUACCCGGUGGGUUGGGGGUUCCAUGCCCAGCUCCGGUUCCCUUUUCGGAGCAGCGUGCCUGGCCGACAGGCACUGCCGUCGGAAGCGUUUACCCGCCCGUGCAACCCGACAGAGCCGGGCCCGCUUCAUACUGCCACGGACGGGGCGAAUUGUCGGCGUGCCCGGUUGGCAGCACCGCCGUUAUUGAGCCACCGAGGCCCCGCGGGCCCCUCGAUCUACCCGGUGGGUUGUGGGGUUCCACGCACAGCUCCGGUUCCCUUUUCGGAGCAGCGUGCCUGGCUGGCAGGCACUGCCGUCGGAAGCGUUUACCCGCCCGUGCAACCCGGCAGAGCCGGGCCCGCUUUCUACUGCCACGGGCGGGACGAUUUGUCGGCGUGCCCGGUUGGCAGCACCGCCGUUCACUAGCCACCGAGGCCCCGCUGGCCCCUCGAUCUACCCGGUGGGUUCGGGGGUCCGACCCAAGCUCCGGUUCCCUUGACGGAGCAGCGUGCCUGGCUGGCAGGCACUGCCGUCGGAAGCGUUUACCCGCCCGUGCAACCCGGCAGAGCCGGGCCCGCUUCCUACUGCCACGGGCGGGACGUCGGGGGGGUAGGCUGCCGGCUCCAGGACGCCCACUAAAUCGCUCGUCCCGCCACGCUCCCAUUGCUUUUACACUGAUUUGGCAACUUUUCAUUUGGCCGAUCCCAGAUUUUGUUUCCACCCCCCUAUAGUAGCGCCGGCAGGUUGAGGACUGGUGGCACCCACUUACCCCUCCCCAUCCGCCGGACUUUGGGCCAAAAAAGGGUCUCUCGGUUCGGUCACCAACCCCCUCGUGGGUCUGGAGACCCACAAACGCCUCUGCUCUGAACUAGACCCGUUCUCGGAACGCAGCGGGCGCCGCUGUCAGCCUACCGUAUCUCUUGAGGACUUUUUGCCUCCGAACUCGAGCCGUUUUUCAGAAGCUCGGGGAACUCGGAUUUUUGUCCGUUUUCUGGGCUGUUUUUCCGGCCAAGUCGGAGAAGGAGGCCGAUUUUCUCCGGGAGCGCGUUUUGCCGAUUUCCAGCCGUCUGUCACGGCGUGAAUUUCGUCCCGCCCGGUGGUUAUUUUCACCGAGAAAGGCCCAGAAAGACCGGAGAUUCACACCGCCGUGAAACGGCGCGAUCGGCCCUCCAAGUCCCUUCCUCGUGAGGCGGUAGCCAGGUUUCCCACAGAACCCGAUGGGGAUCG